UAGUUUACAGAGUCAAUAUGAAUCUGUAAAUUGUUUGCUGUAAAAAAAAAAAACUGUUAUUUGAGCCUUUUUUUGGAAAUAAUGCGAUAAAAAAAAGGCUUUGUGAUAUAUAUAGCUGAUUCUAUAUCACAAUUUGCUUAAGGAAUAUUUAACUUAGUCUUCGUCUUCUUUCCCACACUUCUCCUUGUUAAGCCCAACACCUAAAACUCACCACUAAAACAUGUUUUUUUCAUGUUGCUUCAUCUUUGAUGCUAAAUUGAUCAGCGUUUUAUAACCUUUAGCUUGAUCAUGUCCAUCAUGUAUGAUUCCAAUAAGUUUAUUUAUCCAUAAUGAAGAAAACUCAUUAAACUCAAAUCUUUUUUUUUUGUAACACCAUUAAACUCAAAUCUAUUAAACAAGUUUAAAGUCAUUCAGUGAUACCCAAGACCCGUUUAAUGUCAUUUUUGAGCCCAUUGUAGAAUAAACAUAAAUCAUUCUCAAACAAACACAUCAUGCCACGUCACCCAUCGUAAGUUUGUAACAUCUCUACGAAACACAAGAGUACAUCAUAUACAUCAUUUUCAUACAAACAAACAUAGUGUCAAUAAUAAUAUACAACAAAUCAGAUAUUUAGGCAGAUUGCAACUCUGAAGUUGACAUUCACCACAAGGCCCAAACUAUUCCACGUCAUAAACAAAAAACGCCACGUGGCUCAAUACUAACCGUCGAUAGACAUCAAACGGCGCAGGAUACGUCCCAAUCUCGUUGGCGCACGUUAACAACUAUCGAAGCUGCAUUGUGAUUGGCCGUUGUUGCGUUCCAUAAAAGCUUAGGGUUCCGGAUUCAAGGGAGGUUAGUCGCCACCGUCCCCUUACGUUAGCUUCUCUCAAUCAUCGUCGAAUUUCUACAGAUUCAGCAAUUAUGGGUGAAGAGGAGGACGCUGUGUCGUUGGAUCAGAAUAGCUCUGGUGGUGGCGAAGAUUCGUCGCUCCGUCGUAAUCGCCACUCGUCGCCAUUACCGCCGCAUCUAUCUUCUAAAGUGCUUACAUUGCCCACCGUGUUAACCCUUGGCCGUGUAGCUGCCGUUCCGAUUCUCGUCGCGACCUUUUACGUCGAUUGCUGGUGGGGGAGAACUGCCACAACGAGUAUUUUCAUUGCAGCAGCCAUUACAGACUGGCUUGACGGAUACAUUGCAAGAAAGAUGAGGUUAGGUUCUGCGUUUGGUGCUUUUUUGGAUCCAGUGGCAGAUAAGCUUAUGGUAGCAGCAACAUUGAUUUUGCUGUGUACUAAACCUAUGGACGCUAUUGUGUUAGGACCUGUUCCAUGGUUAGUGACAGUACCUUCAAUUGCCAUUAUUGGUAGAGAGAUUACUAUGUCAGCGGUAAGAGAAUGGGCUGCAUCUCAAAACGGCAAGCUUUCUCAGCUUGGGAAAGUGGAAAACUGCAACGCAGAUGAUUGCGUUAACCAUACUGCUCGCAAGCCGGGAUAGCAGUUUUGAGAGGCUAUUGCCGUCUGGUAUUGGGUUGCUCUAUGUAUCUGCAGGGCUCUCUGUAUGGUCUUUAGUUGUUUAUAUGAGACAGAUUAUGAGAGUAUUGCUAAAGAAGAAGUAGCAACAUUUUAUUUUUAUGGCUUUUUGCAUUCAGUAUAUACACACAGAGUGGAAGCUUGCCCAGUGACAUAUUACCUCUCUUCUUCUUGAAGAAAGCUGACUAAUCUCUCUCUCUCUAUCUGGAUACAAAACGAAAGUAGCUGGGCAAGCACUAUAAGACUCUUAUCUUUAGACUCUGGUUUGGUUUUGUAUAAUACCUCUUAAUCACAUUGCGCCUCCACGCUCACCAUGCACUGAGUUUAUUGAAGCAGCAAGCAAGAGCUGAUGGGCCAUGGAGGAAAGAAAAGCAAGCAGGCUAUGUUUCAUUCUAGUUUGGAGACUUGCUUUGGUCUCAUGAACUCAUGAGAUGAUAAAAAAAACAGUUAUUGCUUAUGCCAUGUAGGAUCUUUUUCAAUACUUUACCUAUAAAAUAAAUCUUCGGUUACAGUGUC